AUGCCUGGGGUAGACCCAAGAGGAUCAGAAAAGAAGCAGUGUCUGAAUCCCACUGCUGCUGAAGAAAGAAAGAAACUCUCCAGGAGACGAAAGGAUGCUGGAAACUCAGCUGGAUCCAACUCCGAGGAGAAACCUCAGGUGGCCAUUUGCUUGCUAUUGGUGGAGCUGUGUGACAGGUUCAUCUUUUUUGGCAUCGUCUGCAACAUGAUUGUCUUUUGCACUGUUAAACUAGGCUAUCACAACUAUCAGGCAGCCAUUGUAAAUAUGUGCUUUGUAGGUGCCUCCAUGUUAACGCCUGUGUUGGUGGGCUGGCUUGCCGAAUGUCUGGUGGGGAGGAUCAAACUGGUGUAUAUCUGCACCUUUCUACACUUUCUAGGUACAGCCUUGCUCCCUCUUGUUGCCUUUCCCUUUGAAGACUUUUUUAUAGACAGACGCCAUAUUCUUCAUGUCCUAGCCCAAAAGGAGCAGAAAGUAGUGUUCUACUUUGCACUUUUAACAGCAUGUCUUGGAACAGGUGGCAUUAGAGCAAUUGUUUGUCCAUUGAGCGCAUUCAACCUUGAGGAUUAUGGACCAAAGGAACUCCUUUCUUUUUUCAACUGGUUUUAUUGGCUAGUUAACUUAAAUUCAGCAGUUGUCUUUGUCAGCAUUUCUUACAUCCAGCAAUCUGUGGCCAAGAGCCUGGGUUUUCUUCUUCCAUUUGUAUCUGCAUUUAUGGUCAUGAUCACAAUUCAUAUGGUACACAGUGAAAUGAUUUACAAGCCCAAAAAAGGUAGUCCUCUGCUGACAACUUUUGGGGUAGUUGUUAAUGCACUGAAAAUGUGUCGUGUGAGGUACUACCACAUUUGUGGAGAUGUGACAAGCUGGUUAGACCAUGCCAAAGAAAACUAUGGUGGCUGGUAUAGUGAGAUUCAUGUGGAAAGCACAAAAUCACUUGUCAGGCUCUUUCCAUUAUUUGCCUUCCAAAUUCUAUAUAGGACUUGCAUUAUGCAGAUUCCUUCAGGAUAUUAUCUCCAGACCAUGAAUUCCAACUUGAACUUCAAUGGAUUUUUCCUGCCAAUUGCAGCAAUGAAUGUUAUAAGCAUCCUACCUCUAUUAUUUCUUGCUCCUAUUCUAGAGUGUAUCAGUACAUAUCUAUUUGAUUCCAAGAAACAUACAAGAUCACCAACAAUUUAUAUUAUUGCAGGUUAUCUGACUACUGCUCUCUCCUUGAUUGUUGCUGGCUUUUCUGAGAUACACAGGAAACAUUUUCCUCCAGUGGAACAGACUCUUUCAGGCCGAGUUCUUUCGGUUUCCUCCAUGCCUUGUCUCCAUCUGGCUCCUCAGUACAUUUUACUUGGAGUGGCUGAAGCCCUGGUAACUCCCAGCUGUUCCCUGCUGUCAUUCAGGCUUGUGCCAGAUGGAAUUCGAGGGAUCUCCAUGCAUUUUUUGACCCUCUUCAAUGGAGCUGGCUGUUUUAUGGGAGCUUUCAUUGUUCAGACAGCACAUGCAGGCUCUCAAGGUAUUUGGUUCCCACACUUACUGCAUGAAGGUAAAUUGGAAAGGUUCUUCUUCUUUUUGGCUUCCUUAAUGAUGGUGAAUACCUUGGGGUUCUGGACCAUUUCACAUCGGUACAGCAAUCUACAUCAAGAAUAUGCCAAAGGGUUCAGAGGAAGUAGUCUGCAAGAGAAACUUCUGCAGCAUGAAAAUAAACUCAAAUUUUAUGACAGUGUCCUAGAAACUACUUCUACUUUGUCUCCUAUGGAGACAUUCCUGUAA